AUGUGUGGAAUUUUCGCGUGCCACCAUCACCCCGAUGUGCAAAAAUUCAAGCCUACGGCUUUGCGCAUGGCCAAGGCUGUGCGCCACCGCGGUCCCGAUUGGAGUGGAAACUUCUGCGCUGAGAGCACUAUCCUGGCGCACGAGCGUCUGAGCAUUGUCGGUGUUGACUCCGGUGCCCAGCCCCUCGUCAACGAGGAUAGCAGCCUCGCCCUCGCCGUCAACGGUGAAAUCUACAACCACCGUCUCAUUCGCAAGAACCUUCACCACAAGUACAACUUCAAGACGCACUCUGAUUGCGAAGUUAUCAUCCCCUUGUAUGAGGAGUACGGUCUUGAUGCCCCCAAGCACCUUGAUGGCAUGUUCUCUUGGGUUCUUUGGGAUAAGAAGCAGGACCGUGUUGUUGCUGCCCGUGACCCCAUUGGUAUCACCAGCUUCUACCUUGGUCGUUCCUCGUCCACUCCCGGCGCCGUCUACUUUGCCUCUGAGCUUAAGUGCCUGCACCCCACCGACAGCUUGACCCGCUACUUCGAGCCCAAGUGGUGGGACCCCACCAACGUCCCCUCGACCCCGGUUGACUACAAGGUGAUCCGUCACAGCCUCGAGAAGGCUGUCCGCAAGCGUCUGAUGGCUGAGGUGCCAUACGGUGUUUUGCUGUCUGGUGGUCUGGACUCCAGCUUGGUCGCGUCUAUCGCCCAGCGUGAGACCCUCCGCAUGGCCGAAGCUGCCCGCAAUGCGCCCCCGGCCGAGACUGUGGACGGUGAGUUGGUUGGUAUUGAUGACGACAACGAGCUGUCGACCGUCACCACCUUCCAGCAGCUGCACUCAUUCUCCAUCGGUCUCCCCGGUGCCCCCGAUACCGCGGCUGCCAUUGAGGUCGCCAAGUUCCUCGGCACCAAGCACCACCCCUUCACCUUCACUGUUAAGGACGGCCUCGAUGCCCUCUCUGACGUGAUCUACCACCUCGAGACCUACGAUGUAACCACCAUCCGUGCCUCUACUCCCAUGUACCUGCUCUCCCGCAAGAUCAAGGCUAUGGGCGUCAAGAUGGUCCUGAGUGGUGAGGGUUCCGACGAGAUCUUCGGUGGCUACCUCUACUUCCACGCUGCCCCCAACCGUGAGGAGCUCCACAAGGAGACCGUCCGUCGUGUCAAAAACUUGCACUUGGCUGAUUGCCUCCGUGCCAACAAGUCCACCUCCGCGUGGGGUCUUGAGGCCCGUGUUCCUUUCCUCGACAAGGAGUUCCUCGAGACCUGCAUGGGUGUUGACCCCAAGGACAAGAUGAUCACCUCGGAGCGUAUCGAGAAACACAUGCUGCGCAAGGCCUUCGACACCACCGAUGAGCCCGAGACCGCUGCCUACUUGCCCGACAAGAUCCUCUGGCGCCAGAAGGAGCAGUUCAGCGACGGCGUUGGCUACAGCUGGAUUGACGGCCUUAAGGAUGAGGCCGAACGCCAGGUCACCGACGAGAUGAUGAAGAACCCUAAGCCCGAAUGGGGUACUGACGUUCCCGACACCAAGGAAGCAUACUGGUACCGUACCAUGUUCGAUGAGCACUUCCCUCCCUACUGUGCCGGCACUGUCGAGCGCUGGACCCCUACCUGGUCCAAGCAGAGUGACCCCAGUGGAAGAGCCAUCGCCAUCCACAACCAGAAGUAUGACAAGUCGGAGUAA